UAUAAAGAGCAGCAGAAAGAAGUAAUUGAGACAAAAACAAACAAUAUAGUAGUUUGAUGGGUUCCCUCCUACAGCACAAACUACCAGUGAUAGACUUGCGCAAGGAACAUCUGAAGCCCGGCACGGGUUCAUGGAAGGAUGCGCGAAACCACGUGGUGUCAGCCCUACAACAGUACGGCUGCUUCGUGGCAGUGUAUGAUGGAGUUUCUCAGGAUCUCCAUGCUGCCGUCUUCCAAGCCCUGGAAGACCUGUUCGCCCUCCCAACCUCCACCAAGAUGCAGAACAAAUCCAGCAAGCCCUUGUAUGGCUACGUGGGUCAAAUUCCCUUUCUGCCCCUCUACGAAAGCAUGGGCAUUGAUGAUGCCAAUACCCUCCAUGGGAUUCACACCUUCUCCGACCUCAUGUGGCCCAACGGUCACCAUGCUUUCAGCGAGACGAUGCUGUCGUACUCGAGAAUGGUGGCAGAGCUGGAACAAGGGGUGGCAAGGAUGGUGUUCGAGGAAUACGGAGUCGAGAAGUACUAUGAAUCCCACCUGAAGUCGGCCACAUACCUUUGCCGAGUGAUGAAAUACAGAGCGGCCGAGGAGGAGGAGAGCAAUAUGGGCUUCGUGGCUCACACCGACAAGAGUUUUAUGACCGUUAUUCAUCAGAACCAAAUUGAUGGGUUGGAGAUUAAAGCCAAAGACGGCCAGUGGUUCUCUGUGGAGCUUGCUCCUUCAUCCUUUGUGGUCAUGGCUGGCGAUGCCACUUUGGCAUGGAGCAAUGGCAGAAUUCAUUCUCCUCAACAUCGAGUGAGCAUGAACGGGAAGGAAGCAAGAUACUCUGUUGCACAAUUCACGUUCAUGGAAGGGACGGUGAAAGCGCCGGAAGAGUUGGUCGAUGAGGAGCACCCUUUGCAGUUCAAGCCAUUCGAUCAUCUUGAGUUUCUUGACUUCUAUAGUAAGCCAGAGAACAGAAGACUGGAGAGUGCACUUAGAACCUACUGUGGCAUUUGAGAAUAUGUAUAUAUCUCUUCUUCCAAGUGAGAACGCCUUAUAUUCUUCUCUUCACAAGUUUCAUGUCUAGUGUUUGCUCUAUCUCACUAAUAAUAUAUAUAGACUUUUUAAAGGUUUUUAUGUGGUGAGAAUGUAUGCUUGCUUUCAAAUAGUAAGUGAUGUAUUGGUUUUGACCAGAAA